AUGUCUGAUCUUCCUUUGGAUUUGGUAGAAGAAAUACUCUCAAGGGUUUCGGCCACAUCUCUGAAACGAUUACGAUCUACUUGCAAACAAUGGAACACUUUAUUCAAAAAACGAAGUUUCAGCCAGAAACACUUUCAUAUAGCUCCAAAGGAGUCUAUGGUUCUCAUGUUGAAGGAGUACAGAGUUUGCUCAAUGAAUAUCAAUCUCAAUGUUUCUCCUCCAUCUGUAGAGUUUCAAGGUACACUUGGCAUAAAAGAUGAUUCCCAUUCUAAUUUAGGACAAGUCGAGAUAGUCGAAGUUUAUCACUGUGAUGGUUUGUUGUUAUGCGCCACCAGGGACAAUAGACUCGUGGUUUGGAAUCCGUGUUUGGGGGAAACCAGGUGGAUCCAACUCAAAGAUGAAUGCAGGAGAUACUCUACGUUUGCUCUAGGAUACGAAAACAACAAAUUUUGUCGUCGUAACUACAAAAUCUUGAGGUAUUGGGGUUGGUUUCACGAUCACAUACCAGACGACGGCGGACGUUUCAGGUUUGAAAUAUAUGACUUUAGAUCUGAUUCAUGGAAGGUUCUUGAUGACGUCCCUGAUGACCGCUUCCCACCAGUAAGUGUCGUGUCUUUAAAGGGAAACACUUACUGGUUUGGUUCUAAUAAAAAGGACUUCUUACGUAGUUUUGAUUUUACAACAGAGAGAUUUAAUCAUAUUGGUCUUCCGCCAUCUCGAGAUCAUGGUUUUAUGGCUCUAUCAGUUGUUGGAGAAGAACAACUCUCAGUGUUACAAGAGAUUGAGACAUCAAAGAUGGAGAUAUUUGUAACCAAUAAAGUUGGUACUGAAGAAGCUGCUUUGUUGUGGAGCAAAUCCUUUAUAGUGGAUUUACCCAUUGGCGGUCAUUGUUCUGAGGUUUUCGCGAGUCUUUUAAUCAACGAGGAGAAGAAAGUGGCCUUGUGUUGUAAUUUAGAUUUCGAGACCGACGGGAACUUGAUAUUCACUAUUGGAGAAGACAAUAAAUAUUACUCAGAAAUCCCUUAUGCUACAAACAAGCCAUGGUGGUUAUGUAGAUUUUCUGAAAAAUUUACAAAAAAAUGGUGGUGGUUUCCAUUUAUUUACAAUUAUGUUCCAAGUUUGGUUCAAAUCUUGUAA